AUGGCCGACACAACAGCGGACCCCGUCGCAAUCCAGGAGGAAAUCGCCGCGAUUGAGAAGAGAGUUGAAGAGGCACAAACACAGCUCAAGGACGCGAAAGCAAGAUUACGAAAAGCCCAAGAUGCAUCAUUCGUCCAACCUGGCGCGAACAUGUCGGCAGAGGAGAAGAUGGCCCUGAUCAAGGUCAACCUCGCCGAGGUCUUGAACCCAGAAAUCAUGGACGAGGCAUUAAAAAAAAAGGGUCAUUUGAAAGUCUACUGGGGAACUGCUACGACAGGACGGCCACACUGCGGUUACUUCGUACCUAUUCUCAAGCUCGCACAGUUCCUCGCCGCAGGAUGUCACGUCAAGAUUCUGCUCGCUGAUAUUCACGGCUUUCUCGACAACCUGAAAGCGCCGAUUGAGCUCGUCAAGUUCCGCGCCGAAUACUACCGAUUCACCAUUACCGCACUCCUCAAGGCUGUCAAGGUUCCCAUUGACAAGCUGGAGUUUGUGCUGGGUUCAAGCUACGAAUUAAACGCCGACUACACCAUGGAUUUGCUGAGGUUGGCAAGUAUAACAAGUGAGGCUGCCGCGAAGAAGGCAGGCGCGGAAGUCGUCAAGCAGACGGAGAACGCGCCUUUGAGUGGACUAAUCUACCCGCUCAUGCAAGCCCUCGACGAGCAGUACCUCGAUGUAGACGUACAAUUCGGUGGCGUGGAUCAGCGCAAGAUCUUCGCGCUCGCAAAGGAUGUCCUACCUAAGAUCGGCUACAAGGAGCGAGCACACUUGAUGAACCCCAUGGUUCCCGGUCUGCAAGGUGGAAAGAUGAGCGCUUCCGACCCUGACUCCAAGAUCGACGUACUAGACGAUGCAGAUAUAGUCAAGCGCAAACUCAAGAAGGCCCAGGCAGCGCCCAAAGUCGUGGAAGAAAACGGUGUACUCAGCUUCGUCGAAUACGUCCUCCUCCCCGCCGGCCAUCUUAUCCACGGCGAACCCAAAUUCGUCGUCAAGCGCCGCGACGCCGAACCCCUCACCUACACCGACAUCAAACAGAUGCAAGAAGACUACCGAAACGACAUCCUCACACCACAAGACCUCAAGCCCGCCGUCACAGAAGCACUCAUUACCCUACUCGACCCCGUACAAAAGGAGUUCCAGGCGAACCCGGAGUGGAAGGAGAUUGAGCAAAAGGCUUACCCCCCACCACCAGUUGUCAAGAAACAGAAGAAGGUCAAGGACAAGGGCACCUUCCACCCAAAGCGGAAUGUAGAGGCGAAGCCUGAUGGGCAUGUAGAGGGCGAGGAUAAAGCCAUGGUGGAUGUGGGGACAGAGGGCGGUGAGAAGGCGAUUGAGAACUUGAGUUUGGAAGAGAAGAAGUAG